UACUCUGUUGCUUGCGCAUACGCAUUGUGCGCUAUCGUUUCUCGUUAUGUCAGUGUGACACAUGCCGUUGGACUGAACGCAUGUGCGCCUACCUACCACUUUGGCGCGAAUAUUAUUAAAUCGUAAAAAAGUGUCCGAUGUAAAAUAAUCAAAUUCUGUGAUGACAGAGACCAUUCGGUAUAUCACAAGGAUUGUGUUUCUAACUAUACUUUACUAUGCAGUGAUAAGUGUAUAUAAAGAAAUAAAAAGAUAUUUGAGUGUGUUCGAAUACUUGGAACAAUCCCACUGAUCGGAUUGCAGUUUUGAAAACAAUACGAUUCAAAAAUGGACGAGAAUAUAAUAAACGAGACCUUAUACGGCAGCCAAAGUGAACUUUCAAAAUUCUCACCGGGCCUGCUAACGUUUGCGGCAAUAAUGACGGGACUCAUCAUGCUAGUGGGGCUCUUCGGGAACCUACUCACCGUGGUGGCCCUGCUCAAGUGCCCUAAAGUGCGCAACGUGGCCGCAGCGUUCAUUAUCAGUCUCUGCUGCGCCGACUUCCUAUUCUGCGCCAUGGUGCUCCCCUUCGCAAUCUCCGGCUUUUGGCAGCAGAAGUGGUCCCACGGCGACGUGCUGUGCAAGCUGGUCCCGUUCCUGAGGUACGGGAACGUCGGAGUUUCGCUGCUGAGCAUCGCUCUCAUCACGCUGAACCGAUACAUAAUGAUCGCUCACCACAGCUGGUACGGGCGCGUGUAUCGCAAGUACAACAUCGCGCUCAUGAUCGUCUUCUCGUGGAUGUUCGCGUACGGCAUGCAGAUACCGACGCUGAUUGGGAUAUGGGGUAAAUUCGACUACGAUAAGGAACUCGGAACAUGUUCAAUAGUACCUGAUGAUAACGGCCGCUCCUCGAAGACCGCUCUCUUCGUCAUCGCUUUCUUGGUGCCGGCUCUGCUGAUUUUGAUGUGCUAUGCGAGAAUCUUCUGGGUCGUACAUAGCUCAGAACAACGCAUGCGGGAACACCAACGCUCGCAGCACGCCAGCCCAGGCUCACUUAACACAGACAAGCGUUCAACCGUUAAAGACAACAGGGAAACCAAGGCGCGUAGGAACGAGUGGCGCAUCACCAAGAUGGUGCUCGCUAUCUUCCUAUCGUUUCUGGUGUGUUACCUGCCGAUCACCAUCGCUAAGGUCGCUGACAACCAUGUCCAAUAUCCCGUAUUCCACAUCGCCGGCUACCUCCUUCUGUACGCGAGCGCCUGCGUGAACCCGAUUAUCUACGUCAUAAUGAACGCGCAAUACCGCGCCGCGUACGCAGCGGCGCUGUGCUGCCCUCUCUCGAGGUUGUCGGGGCUCACCAGCGAAAUGGAACGAGCGUCACGGAUACAGCUACAGCAACACACGAACGGCGCUCAGCCAAGUGUCACUGGGGGAGUCCAGAGCGGACCCCAGGGCCUCCACAAUCCCCGCGGGCCCGCGCCGGUAGACCCCCGGCCGGCCCCAACCGGCUCGAGCACGCCGCUAUCCGGCUCGACCACGAAAAUCUCAAGCACGCCGAAAUCAAGCUUGAAAAUCUCGAACACACCAAGCUCGAACACUCCGAUAAUGAAUAAACCAAGCUCUCUAAAAGUCGGGCCGGCGCGUGUGAGCCCUGUAGGACCAAAGAUCACCAGGUUCCAGAUUGGCAGCUAUGGACAGGGUGCUGAUAGGACGACCAAUAUAUAGCGCUCGUCGCUCGCUAAAAGAACUGACCAAAGAUAAUUCCAAAGAGUAUUUUAAGCACUUAUAAAAGCACUGCUUUACGCCAAAUAUUUUGCCAAAAUAUGUUGAUUUUAAGAUUUGACGAUAAUAACAAACGUAACUAGACUAAGACGCACUGAGAUUCCAUCAGAAUGAAGUAUUCAUAGUUUUAACCUUUUUCACGUAUCAAUUUUUUAUUAAUUUUAUUAAAAUGGCUAUGUAUAUAAUUUUUAAACAAAGUCCGUCCUGCUAGCGAGCGACGAGUUAUUAUAAUGGUAAUAUAGUUUUAAUUAUUUGUAAAUAUUUAUAUUACAUUUGUAAAGUGAUAUUUAAAUGAAAUACAAAUGUAUCUCCGAUGAAUUUUACAUGUUGCAACUGUUUUAAAAAAACAGUUAUCAUGUUUUGUUAUACAUUCCUUUUAUGUGAAGUUUAGAUCUGUUUUCUAUUUAUUUUUAAGUGAAGACACAUUCCAAACAUGUUUUUAUAGCCGAAACUAAAUAUAGAAGUGGUGAAUGUUUUACAUAAUAAAAAUGAAU